AUGAGGAGCAGCAAAUCAAAAGAGGUGCCUUUACCAAAUCCAAGGAACUCUCAAAGCAAGGAUACUGUUCAAGCAGAUAUAACCACAUCGUGGGAUGCACUUUCUCAGACUAAGGCUGCUCUGAGACACAUUGAAAACAAAUUAGAAGUAGCCCCUACAAGUACAGCUGUGUUUGAUUCUGUCAUGGAUACCAAGAAAUCUUCUGCAAGUGCUACCCGAAAAAUAAGUAGAAAAGAUGGUAGAUACCGGGAUGAUUCUUGGGCUGAUGCUCCAACCGCCAAAUCUUGCACAUCACGGAAAGAGAAAUCCCGGAGCCCUCUCAGAGUUACCACCCUGGAGAGCAACGUAAAAAAAAAUAACCGUGUGGAGUUUCGUGAACCUUUGGUUUCUUACAGGGAAAUCCAUGGUACAACUUCCAAUAUAAGUCCUAGCCAUCUAGAGUCAAAGCAUGUAUAUUGUGUGGAUGUUAAUGAAGAAAAGCCUGAGAACAGGAACCGGAUGAUAUGCAAUCGAGAAGAACAGAAUAUACAUUGCUGUGAUUUUGAGAGCUCCCAGUCAUCUGUCAUCAAUGGUACAGUGGUUAGGUUUUUAAAUGAUCGACCAGCAAUUGAUGCAUUGCAAAAUUCUGAAUGUUUGAUUAAGAUGGCAGCUCCUGUGAGAACUGAGGAAGAAAAUCCUAAUAGAGCAAAAGGAAAUGAGAAGGCUUCUGUAAGUAACAUGGGCCAUGAUGUUGAUCCAAAAGUGUUACGGAUAACUGACUCUUCUCCGUCCUCUACUAGUACUUCUAAUUCCCAAAGGUUAGAUAUCUUAAAGCAGCGACAACAUGAUGUCAAACUGGAAAAACUCAAGGAGCGAAUUAGAAAACAGUGGGAACACUCAGAAGAAACAAAUGGCCGGGGUCAGAAUCUGGGUCAUAUUGACCAUCCAGUAAUGGUUGUUAAUGUUGAUAACUCAGUGACAGCAAAGGUCAGGAAAGUGGCAACAGCACCACCUGCUCCAACAUAUAAAGGCUUCAAUCCUUCAGAGACCAAGAUUCGAACACCUGAUGGGAAAGUGUGGCAGGAGGCUGAAUUUCAAAACAUGAGUAGAGAAUUGUAUCGAGACUUAGCACUUCACUUUGCAGAUGAUAUCUCUAUGAAAGAGAAACCUGCUGAAAAAAGUAAAGAGAAGAAAGUGGUCAAGCCAGUACGAAAAGUCCAAAAGGUAACACAGUUACCAAGUCCAGAAGGCAAAACAGGUAGCAGUCGUCUGAUAAGUACAUCCUCUUGGCGAGAUGGACAAAAAUUAGUAAAGAAGAUCCUGGGGCCUGCACCCAGAGUGGAGCAAAAAGAGCGAAGAACAGCAUCAAAUGACAGAAGUGGAAGAGAAAGAACUACUAAAUCUGGGGGUCAUAUUGGAAGAGCAGAAUCUGAUCCUAGAUUGGAUGUUUCACAUAGACAUCUUCCACGAAACUCAGAACGUUCGAGAAGUAGACCUCGGUCUGAAAAUAAUACAAAGAAAUUAGCUCCAUCUCUUCCAGAUAAUAAACAGGAGGAAAAUACUGCCUUGAAUAAGGACUUUUUACCUCUUGAAAUUCGUGGAAUUCUUGAUGACCUACAGCUGGAUUCUACAGUUCAGGCUGCAAGGCAAGAGACAGGAGAGUUACAGAAUCAGAAGUCAUCAGCACCAGUACAGGCUCCUAGGAGUCACAGCCCAGUAAAAAGAAAACCUGACAAAAUAACAGCUAAUGAAGAUCCCCCUGUUAUUUCCAAAAAGCGCCACUAUGACACAGAUGAGGUACGCCAGUACAUUGUUAGACAGCAGGAGGAAAGGAAGAGGAAGCAAAAUGAAGAGAAGAAGGCCCAAAAGGAGGCCACUGAGCAGAAGAACAAACGAUUACAGGAGCUCUAUCGGAAACAGAAAGAAGCCUUUACUAAAGUAAAAAAUGUGCCUCCUUCUGAGCCAUCAGUAACUAGGCGACUGCAGGAUACUUAUUCCAAACUGCUACUAGAAAAGACCUUGCUCGAAGAGCCACCUCAUCAACAUGUUACACAGGAAACACAGACCAGACCAGGGUAUCAGCCUUCUGGAGAAUCUGACAAAGAAAACAAAGUACAGGAACGUCCCCUAAGUGCAUCUUCUAGUAGUGACAUGUCUCUGUCAGAACCUCCACAACCUCUUGCAAGAAGGGACUUGAUGGAACCUACAUGGAUGCAGCCUGACAGAUUGAGCCCACGAGUCCAGAAUUCUCAACCACAGCCUCUUGUUGGAACAGCUGGAAAUUUACUCUCCCAUCUCUUGAGUCUAGAGCAUGUAGGAAUUUUGCAUAAGGAUUUUGAAUCUGUCUUACCAACCAGAAAGAACCAUACUGUGGCCUCAGGGCCACUAACUUAUACACCUCAACCAUAUCUGACCUCACCAGCUGCUCAUCCAGAUGCCUUGUUAAAACCUAGUGCCAGCCAAUAUAAGAGUAAACUGGAUCGUAUUGAAGCCUUGAAAGCAACAGCUGCUUCUUUGUCCAGCAGGAUUGAAAGUGAAGCCAAGAAAUUAGCUGGGGCUAACAUAAACUAUGGGUCAGUCUGGAACGCCGAGUAUGAUGUACAGCAAACACUCCAAGAAGAGGGACCAUGGACCAAGGCUGUAAGUCCGCCUGUGAAAGAGGAUACUGAAGAUGUUUUCUCUGCCCGAAUUCAAAAGAUGAUGGGAACCUGUGUAGCUCAUGCAACUUUUGAUGAAGAUCUUCCUGGUGUAGGCAACCUCAGUGAAUUUAAAAAGCUUCCUGAAAUGAUAAGACCUCAUAGUGCCAUAUCAAGGUUCAGAAUGAGAUCCCCUGGUCCCAAACCAGAGGGGCUCCUGGCACAGUUGUGUAAGAGGCGGACUGACUCUUCCAGCUCUGAUAUGCAAGCUUCUCAAGACAAAGCCAAAUUGUCUUUUGGUUCCAGCACAGAUUCAGUCAGCGAAGGGCCUCUUCUUAGUGAGGGGAGUCUUUCUGAAGAAGAGGGAGGCCAAGAUGGACAGCCCACGUUGAAGGUAGCAGAAAUCUUAAAGGAAAAGGAAUUUUGUGCUGGAGAAAGAAAUGGUUAUGAACCCAUCAAAGAGUUUCAGAAGGAAGCUGAAAAAUUCUUGCCACUUUUUGGGCACAUAGGUGGUACACAAAGCAAAGGACCAUGGGAAGAAUUGGCAAAGGGAAGUCCACAUAGUGUCAUUAAUAUUUUUACAAAGUCGUAUCAGUUGUAUGGAAAAGGGUUUGAAGAUAGGUUGGAAAGAGGAACCUCAGCAUCGCGUCCUUUAAAUGUCAUUACAACCCCUUUAAGCAGUGUUUCAUAUGAAGAUGAUUUUGUCUCCUCUCCAGGGAGUGGGACUUUGACAGAAAGAAAAUCAGCUGUUGAACCUAAUGGUAGCAAUUUGGGCAUUCAGGAGGACCAUUCUAGCAGAAAGUCUGCCUACGAUCUGUCCUCUGUGGAUGUUACCUCCCAGCAUUCGUCAGGAACCCAGUCUGCUGCAUCGUCUCGUUCAUCUACUUCUUCUAAAGGGAAGAAAGGAAAAAAAGAAAAGAUAGAAUGGCUGGAUUCACUCACUGGAAAUGUUCAGAACUCACUUCUUGAUGAGGAGAAAGUACACUCUGGCUCAGAACGUGGCUCUCAUCAAGGAAAGAAAUCUGGGACCAGUAGCAAACUUUCUGUUAAAGAUUAUGAGCAGACUCUUGAUACUGAUAGCAUUUUGGAGGAUCUUCCUGGGCAUUCUGUGAGUGUCUCAUCAGACAAGGGAAGAUCUCAGAAAACUCCAACUUCUCCCCUGUCUCCAAGUUCCCAGAAAUUGUUGCAGUUUGACCUUCCAGGAACUUCAUUAGAAAGAUCUAAAUCCUCGGUAAUAACGCCUCCAUCUAUAACAGGAUUUAAGCCUAAUGCACCUUUUACCGAUAUGAACCUUGCUGCCAGCAGAACAACAGAGAUGGCCUCAACACCAGGUUCUAAGCGCUUUUCUCCUGCUGGCCUCCAGCAUCGUAUGGCGGCAGAACUCAGUUACCUGAGUGCCAUUGAGGAGUCAGUGCGCCAGCUAUCAGAUGUGGAAAGAGUUAGAGGCAUAUCACUUGCUCAGCAGGAGAGUGUAUCUCUGGCUCAGAUCAUAAAGGCACAGCAGCAACGCCAUGAAAGAGACUUGGCCCUUUUGAAAUUGAAGGCUGAACAAGAGGCUUUAGAAUGUCAGAGACAGUUAGAAGAAACCCGAAACAAAGCAGCUCAGGUCCAUGCAGAAUCCAUACAGCAGGUGGUCAAAUCACAAAGGGAAGUAACUGAGGUCCUGCAGGAAGCAACUUGUAAAAUAGCCGCUCACCAAGCAGACACUGCUCGCGUCACCACAGAUGCGGCUCGCCAAAUCUGUGAAAUGGCAGAGUUGACUCGAACUCAUAUCUCAGAUGCCAUCACUGCUUCAGGAGCUCCCCUGGCAACGCUAUACGACCACCACCGACAGCAUGCUCCAGACUUUGUGAAACAGCUGAGGACCAGAGCUGAAACGGAUAGGAAAAAUCAAUCUGUUUCACUCUCUCAGAGUAAAGAAGGGACCCUUGACUCAAAGCAUCAGAAGUAUUCCCCUUCAUUUGAUAGUUACUCUGAGUCUUCAAGAUACAAGAAUCAUGAUCGAAGAAGUAGUAGUGGUAGUAGCCGUCAAGAAAGCCCUUCAGUUCCAUCUUCUAAGGAAAAUGAGAGGAAACUUCAUGGUGAAAAGACGGAGAGUUCUAUUGAUGAACAGGUUCAGACUGCUGUAGAUGAUUCUUUACGAAGUGACAGUGUGCCAUCUCUUCCUGAUGAGAAAGAUUCCACUUCUAUUGCAACAGAAUAUUCCCUGAAAUUUGAUGAAUCUAUGACAGAAGAUGAAAUAGAAGAAAAAUCAUUUCGAUCUUUACUACCUUCUGAGAGUCAUCGCAGAUUUAACAUGGAAAAAAAGAGAGGCCAUCAUGAUGACUCUGACGAUGAAGCCUCUCCAGAAAAGGCAACACUGUCUUCUGCCAAGGAGCUGAGCAUGCCAUUCUCAGGAGGACAAGAUAGUUUUUCUAAAUUUACUAUGGAGAUGGUCCGACAGUACAUGAAAGAAGAGGAAAUGAGGGCGGCUCACCAGUCUUCACUCCUGCGUCUCCGGGAGAAAGCCCUGAAGGAGAAAACCAAGGCUGAAUUAGCCUGGCUGGAGCAUCAGAAAAAACAUCUACGAGACAAAGGAGAAGAUGAUAAAAUGCCCCCACUUCGAAAGAAACAGCGUGGUUUGCUUUUAAGGUUGCAGCAAGAGAAGGCAGAAAUUAAACGUCUUCAAGAAGCCAAUAAGGCAGCUCGGAAGGAAAGACAACUGAUUCUGAAACAGCAGGAGGAGAUAGAAAGGAUCCGACAGACCACCAUAAAGUUACAGGAGAAGUUAAAGUCGGCAGGGGAGAAUAAAUUGGACUCCCAUAGUGAUGAUGAUACAAAGGAUAAUAAGGCAACCAGCCCUGGUCCAACUGACUUGGAGACCCGAAGUCCUUCCCCCAUUUCAAUCUCCAGCAGUGAAACUAGCAGCAUUAUGCAGAAACUGAAAAAAAUGAGAAGCCGCAUGGAUGAAAAGUUUCUUACAAAGCGAGAGCAAAAACUAAUGCAACGGCGACAACAUGCAGAGGAGCUGCUCGAAUGGAAGCGACGUUUGGAUGCUGAGGAAGCCGAAAUUCGUCAAAUGGAAAAACAAGCUUUGGCUGCCUGGGACAAAGAAUUAAUAAAACCUAAAACUCCGAAGAAAGAACUUGAGGAUGAGAGAACAGAACAGAAAGAAAUAGCAAGUGAAGCAGAAUCUCCACUACCUUCCUACUCUCACCUACACAGUGAAAGCUCUAUUCCAGAAGAAUUGGGCAGCCCUGCUGUUGGAUAUAUACCAUCUGAGUCUGUAGCUCAAGAGCAGCCAGGGAGUCCAGAUCAUAGUGUACUUACUGAAGAAAUGGUUUUUUCACAAGAACUGGAAUCUUCUACCUCUCCUAGUAAACAUUCACCUCCCAAAAGCUGCACAUCCGUGUCAAAGCAGGAGUCUAGCAAAGGAAGUCAUAGGACUGGAGGACAGUAUCGUCUGCCUGUCAAAUCCCAUCAACACUGUUACAGUUGGUCUGAUGAGUCAUUAUCUAUGACACAGUCAGAAACAACAUCUGACCAAAGUGACAUUGAAGGUAGGAUCAGAGCCCUAAAGGAUGAGCUGCGGAAAAGGAAAUCAGUUGUGGACCAGCUGAAGAAGGAACAGAGAAAACGGCAGAAGGAAAGAUUGAAAGCCCAAGAAGCCAGUCUGAUCAAACAGUUAGAGUCAUAUGAUGAAUUCAUUAAGAAAACUGAAGCAGAGCUUAGCCGAGAUUUGGAAACAUCACCAACAGCCAAGCCUCAGAUUAAAACGCUCUCCUCAGCUUCUGAAAAACCCAAGAUCAAGCCCCUUCCAUUACACAGAUCUGAAACAGCAAAGAACUGGAAAUCACUAACAGAAUCAGAACGCUCCAGAGGAUCAUUGGAGUCCAUUGCUGAACAUGUUGAUGCUGCAUUGGCAGGUUCUGAGAGAUCAGUAUCAGAAAGGUCUUUAUCUGCAUAUGCAAAGAGAGUGAUUGAAUUGGAUAGACAAACAGAAGAGCAUUUUCAGACUUCAUCUCCAAUUCUUAGCUCAUCAAGGAGAACCAGAGCAGAAUCUGGAGAUUCUCUAGAAAAUGUACCUUCAUUACCUCUUCUCAAAGAAUUGAAUGCCCCUAAUAGAAUUCUGGAUGUGUCAGAGGCCAAGGUUGAAGAAGACUCUAGUCAAAAAUCAGAAAUACAAGAAGUAGACUAUACAAAACUGGAGGCAAGUGUGAUUGAAGAUGCCUAUUCGAAACAAUCUAGGAAGUCUGACGUCUUACUGAAACUAGACCUGGAACAGGGAGAUUCAUCUGAAAUUCUUUCAAGGAAAGAUCUUCCUUUAGAUUCUGUAAAUGUUCAGAAAGACUUAGUUAGAUUAGCCAUUGAAAAUCUUCAUAGAAAGGAGCUGAAAGAGAAAGAGUCAGAUCAAGAUAUGGAUCAUAGUCCAAACAUCAAAUCAGAAAAAGACGUUCAGGAACAAAAGAACAUAAAGGAAAGGGACUUGUCUUUGUUAGAACAGUUUUUUGCUCCUAAAGAGAUAGCAUACUCUGAUUUUGAAGUGUCUUCUUUCAAGAAAGACGUUUCAUCUGAAUUGUACAAAGAUGACUUCGAGGUGUCAUCUUUGUUGUCACUCAGGAAAGACUCUCAGUCUUGCAGAGACGAAUCACAGCCAACCAGGAACUCUACAAGUAGAGCCAUUAGCUUUGGCAGUGAUGAUGAAAUCAGUGAGUGCCUCAGUGAGAAAAGCCUUUCUGUUCGUAGCAGUGUCCACUCUGAGAGGCUGUUGGAACUCAAGUCCCCUACUGAGCUUAUGAAAAGUAAGGAGCGCAGUGAUGUAGAGCAUGAACAGGGGGUUACGGAGUCCCCUUCCUUGGUUUCAGUUUCUGUGGCAGAUGAGUUACAUGAUUUCCACAUUGGUGAUAGGGUGUUGAUUGGCAAUGUUCAGCCAGGAACUCUUCGAUUCAAAGGUGUGACUAGUUUUGCUAAAGGAUUUUGGGCUGGAGUGGAGUUGGAUAAAGCUGAAGGAAAUAACAAUGGAACGUAUGACGGCAUUGUAUACUUUGUGUGCAAAGAGAAGCAUGGUAUUUUUGCUCCUCCUCAAAAAAUAUCUCACAUUCCAGAAAACUUUGAUGACUAUGUAGACAUAAAUGAAGAUGAAGAGUCUUACUCAGAUGGACAGUAUCAAUACUAUAAUCAAGAACAAAAAGCUAGAGCGGAUUCCAAGUUUGAUAGAGAAAAGGAUGCAGUUGAAUAUUUUUAUGAGAACUCUCUACCUAGUGUGCACGGUAUAGAAGCCUCACUUGAUAGAAGCCUUAAAAUAGAAACAGACGACAUUCAGGACAUUUCUGGAGUACUUGAAGCCCAUGUUCACCAGCAGUCUUCGGUGGAUUCACUGAUCUGUUCAAAGGAAAACAAAGACCUUGUUUCUGGUGCCACAGAAAAGGUUUCCAUUGCUGUAGAAGGCGAUACUUUAGAUAAUAACUUUUCUGAAGAGUUAAAGAAGCAACAGCAGUUUACAGAAAAGGAAGAGAACCUAUAUCCCGAGGUGUCGGAAAAGCUUUCUACUCCACUUCUGGAUCUUUUAACAAGAGAAAAGAACCAAUUGGAAGCCCAGCUGAGGUCAUCACAAAGUGAGGGAAAAAAGUCAAAGCAACAGCUAGAAAAAGUUAGCUUACUGACAGACAGUUUACUAACAGUCUUUGUGAAGGACACGGUCUAUCAACUACAGGAAAUCAAAAAAGCUAGGAAUGAGAAAAUCCAGCUUAGCAAUCAGGAGCUUCUUGAUGAUGAUCAAAAGAAAGUACUGCCCCAAGCCCUAUCCCCAAAUCAUGAGGAGCAAUCAUCAGGUGUUCCAGGUUGCUUCUUAAGGUCUGAAUUGGAAGAUGAAAAAGAAGAGAUUUCUUCACCAGAUAUAUGCCCCAGACCUGAGAGUCCAGUAUUUGGUGCCAGUGGGCAGGAAGAACUUGCGAAGAGACUUGCUGAACUUGAGAUCAGCCGGGAGUUUCUGAGCGUGUUAGGAGAUGACCAAGACUGGUUUGAUGAAGACUUUGGUUUGAGCUCUUCUCACAAGAUCCCCAAAAAUAAGGCAGAAGAAACAAUUGUACCUUUAAUGGCAGAACCUAAAAGAGCUCCCCAGAAGCCAUGUGAAACACUAUUGGCAGUUCCACAUACUACAGAGGAAGUAGAAAUUCUUGUACAUAAUGCAGCAGAAGAACUGUGGAAAUGGAAAGAAUUAGGUCAUGAUCUUCAUAGCAUCAGCAUUCCUACAAAACUGCUUGGCUGUGCUAGUAAGGGUCUAGAUAUAGAAAGCACUAGUAAAAGGGUCUACAAACAGGCGGUUUUUGAUUUAACAAAAGAGAUUUUUGAGGAAAUAUUUGCGGAGGAUCCCAACUUAAAUCAACCUGUCUGGAUGAAGCCAUGUAGAAUCAACUCCAGUUAUUUCCGACGAGUGAAAAAUCCAAAUAACCUUGAUGAAAUCAAGAACUUCAUAGCCACAGAAGUACUCAAGUUGUUUAGUCUUAAAAAGGAACCAAACCACAAAACAGAUUGGCAGAAAAUGAUGAAAUUUGGAAGAAAGAAAAGAGAUCGAGUGGAUCAUAUCCUGGUCCAGGAGCUCCACGAAGAGGAGGCACAGUGGGUGAACUAUGAUGAGGAUGAAUUGUGUGUGAAGAUGCAGCUAGCUGACGGGAUCUUUGAGACCUUGAUCAGAGAUACUAUUGAUGUUCUGAAUCAGAUCAGUGAGAAACAGGGGAGAAUGCUACUUGUGUGACAUCUUGCAAAUAAACCGAACACUGAGUGCUAACAUGAGUCCUGGGCCUUUCUGCCUCCUGAUACACACCCCA